AUGGCAAAAUCGUCCUCCACCGACGUCACAUCCUCACCUCAUCCAUCUAACCAUUGUAGCAUCACCUGCCCGACCCCGUCGACGCCGGUUCUCGCGGCGGCAUCCUCCCUUCCUCGCCCCGUCCCUCCCUUCCUCACCGUUGAAACCAGUCUGACAUCAGCACUGGACUUUGCACCGAGACACUGCAAUCCAGGUAUGCCUACCUACUCCACGAGACAAGACCGACAUGUGAUGGUUCUCUGUCCGUCCCCAUCGUCGUUGCAAGCGUCGAGUGCGUGUGAUCAGGUUCGCACGCUCGUUCCAGAACUCGCAGCGGCGUCGGACUUCCCCGCGUUUAUUCGUCCGCUUGCGAGCCGUGGUAGUGGUAUGCGAGGGGGCCUUCCCCACGCGCCACUCUCUGGCGGUGUGGCAGCGGGCAUAGCUGCUGUGCUGGCGAUGCAGCACACAAGACAGAUGUUGUACAACAGUGACAGUCAGACACAAAUGUCCAAGAAGGAGACUCCCCAUGGGAACAAGGUAGAUGAAGAGGUGCAGCCGACAAGUCAGCAUGCAGUGUUACCAAACCAUGCCUAG